CUCAUAUCCUGGAUGAUCUCGUCUUUUAUCGACACUAUCCACUGAAGAACACGUAAAACAUGGACGAACAAGCUGCCAAAGCACCAAUCGACCACGUGGAGUCCAAGGCUGAACAUGCCAGGGCCAACACCAGAAGCGACAAGGCCAACCAGGUCUUGAUCGAGGCGGGGCAGCGCAUCGUCCUGACGCCCGAGAACAAUUCAAGAGUCUUGAAGAAAAUUGACCUCUUUAUCCUGCCGGUCGUCCUUGGAGUAUACUUCCUGCAGGCUCUGGACAAGGCGACCCUGGCCUAUGCCUCGGUUUUUGGUCUCGUCGAGGACGCCAACCUCCACGGACAGCAAUACUCAUGGUUGGGUUCGGUUGUGUAUCUCGCUCAGCUUGUCUCACAACCACUAAUCGCAUAUAUGCUGGUCAAGUUGCCGCUGGGGAAAUUCUUGGCUAUCAUAGUCCUCUUGUGGGGCGUGACUCUUUCUGCAAUGCCUGCAGCGCACAAUUUUGCAGGCUUGUUGGUCUGCCGCCUGUUUCUUGGGUUGUUUGAGGCCGGCGUUGCUCCGGCUUUUAUCGCUUUAACCCAGAUGUGGUGGCGACGACGAGAGCAGCCAGUCCGACUGGGGGCGUGGUAUGCUAUGAAUGGCAUAACCAACAUCUUCGGGUCCCUCUUGACGUAUGGCAUCGGGCAUAUCGACUCUCCGCAUCUCAAGCCAUACCAGAUUAUUUUUUUGUUCUUUGGACUGAUCACGGUCGCUUACUCGGCCCUGGUCUGGCUAUUCCUGCCUGAUUCGCCCGUCACGGCGCGGUUCCUCAAAGGCGAUGACCGACUUGUAGCCAUUGAGAGAUUGCGCGCAAACAACCAAGGUGUCGAAGGCAAUGAAUGGAAGUGGUCACACGUGAAAGAAGCCGCUUUAGACAUCAAGACCUGGCUAUGGGCUGCCAUGAUGUUCUCCAUCUCCGUCCCUAGUGGUGGUAUCUCGACCUUUGGACCAUUGAUCAUCAAGAACUUCGGGUUCGAUAAGUUCCAGACGAUCCUUCUCAACAUGCCAUUUGGGGCAGUUCAGCUGAUAGCCACAAUGGGUGGAGCGUGGGUGGCCACCAAGCUCAAGUGGAAAUCUCCUGUUCUGGCAUUCCUCAGCCUGCCACCAAUCGCGGGAUGCGUGAUGUUACUUCAUCUGCCUCGUACUGCAUCUGCGAAGGGACCUUUGCUCGUGGCAUACUAUCUGAUAUCAGUAUAUCCUGGAAUUACGCCCCUGAUAUAUUCCUGGAGCGCGGGAAACACCGCUGGAGAGACGAAAAAGAAGGUUACAACUGGCGCUCUCUUCAUCGCUCAAUGUGCUGGCAACGUGCUUGGGCCAAAUUUGUACACAACGGGCGAAGCACCACUAUACCAUCGCGGUCUGCUGUCCAAUCUCGCUAUGUUUGUCGUCUUGAUCGGACUUUACGCCGCUCAGGUCUUCUACCUCAUGGUGCUCAAUAAGAAACAUGCAAGGACCAGAGAGGGCAUGGGUAAGAAGGCAGUUCUGGUGGACAAAUCAAUGAAUAGGAUUAAGACCGGGGCGACCGUCGCUGACGACGAAGCGGAAGAUGCGACGGUCGGAGAGCAUGCAUUCGACGACAAGACUGAUUGGGAGAAUGAGGACUUUAUCUUCGUGUACUGAGAGGCUGUGUGUUUGCAGGACGUCCAAGGGAGGGGUGGAGGAGUUGGAAAAUUGUAAUGAUAGUGAAUGAUUUACCCAAGUUAGGUG